AUGGCUUCGAAACGGAUCUUGAAAGAGCUCAAGGAUCUCCAGAAGGAUCCUCCUACCUCCUGCAGUGCUGGCCCGGUUGCUGAAGACAUGUUUCACUGGCAAGCUACAAUCAUGGGACCAUCGGAGAGUCCUUACUCAGGCGGAGUCUUUCUCGUUACCAUCCACUUCCCUCCGGAUUACCCUUUCAAGCCACCAAAGGUUGCGUUUAGGACCAAAGUGUUUCACCCUAACGUGAACAGCAAUGGCAGCAUCUGCCUUGACAUUCUCAAGGAACAAUGGAGCCCAGCACUCACCAUCUCCAAGGUUUUGCUCUCGAUCUGCUCGUUGUUGACGGAUCCCAACCCAGAUGACCCUUUGGUUCCAGAGAUUGCGCACAUGUACAAAACCGACAGAGCCAAGUACGAGUCUACUGCUAGAAGCUGGACUCAGAAGUAUGCGAUGGGUUGA